CUGGUGCGGUAUAUACGAUCCGCGCACCCCCACACACCUGGCGCUUCUCUCCCUCCCUGUCCCACCUCACCUCUUGCUUCUCGCGUUCGCGUCCGUGUCGCAUCGCGCGUGAGAUCGGGGAGUUUGCGGUGGCGUUGUUCCGGUGGUUGUCGGCGACGAGGCGCGGGGCUUAGGCUUCCCACUCUCGGAUCCACGGCCUGUCCCAUGGGAUCCGACGGCUUCGCCGUCGCCGCGACCGCGUGUCCCGCCGCCGCCGAGGCCUUCGCCAAGUACUGCGGUAUUGUAUCAGGAUGUACAAAUGCUAAGACAAGACAAGGACUGGUUGAGCUUUCACAAGCUAUAGGUGGAAUCGAAGGACUGUGGGAUGCAAUAUUUGCUGAUAUUCCCAAACUCAUGCCAUUUAUCGAUUUAGAGGACGUGAGCCUAUUCAAUUUCUUCUAUGAUUUUGCCUUCUUCAUUUGUCGUGAAAAUGGGCAAAAGAGUAUCACCAUUCAGAGAGCUGUGGCAGCAUGGAGGAUUGUUCUAAAUGGAAGGUUCCGGUUGCUUGAUCGGUGGUGUAACUUUGUAGAGAAGUACCAACGUCACAACAUAUCUGAGGAUACCUGGCAGCAGCUGCUAGCUUUCAGCAGGUGUGUAAAUGAAGAUCUGGAAGGUUAUGACCCGAGAGGUGCCUGGCCUGUUCUGAUUGACGAUUUUGUAGAGCAAAUGCACAGAAUUUAUCACUACAGUGACUGCAGCAGUCCGAUGGAAUCACAAUGUAGCAUUUCCAGUACAUUCAGAGGACUGGAUCUUUUACCUGGAUCAAAGAGGAAAUGCCGUACUCACUUUAACCCCAAUGAGGAUGUAGAGCUUUCAGAUAGCUUUACACGCUCUGUCCAUCUGACACCGUUGAAGCGACUGAAGGAGAGUUCUGGCACUAGAUAUGGAGUCUGGGAAUCCCACCAAGGUACCCCUUUCUCUAAUAGUUCAUCAUACUACUGUGAGGAUACGAAUUUACAAAACUCAAGAGGUUGUCUUCAGAACUCGCCUUGUAUUGGUGAGGAUACCUUGUCGAAAGGGUUUGAAGGUUGCAUUUCAAUGAAGUGCUCCUUUUAAUAUAAUCACGAAUGCACAGGUUAGUCAAUUAAUGACAGUCCAUAAACUUCAUUCAUUCGCUUGUAACGCCACCGCCAUUCUGUAUGUGUAUUUAGUCAAUUUUCCAGCCGUGACAUAAAUUGUUUUGUACCUGAAUGAUGCUUUUACGCAUUUCGAGAUAAGUAUAUGACAUUAUUGUAA